AUGGCUGAAUGUCAUAUUAUUGGUCAAAUAAUUGGAGCCAGUGAUUUUCCCCAAAAGUCUUUAUAUUGCAAGUGGAGUACCCAUUUCGGUCCAAGUUGGAAAGUAAUAUCUGGACUUUUGGAGGGACAAACACAACUUGAUACACCUGAAUUUGAUGAAAAAACUUAUUGGUGCCAUCCUAUUGACAUCCAUUUGGCUACUAAAGGAGUUCAAGGUUGGCCAAAAUUUCAUAUCGAAGUGUAUCAUCAAGAUCAAUUUGGAAGAAAUGAAUUGUUUGGAUAUGGGUUUUUACACUUACCAACUUCACCAGGAACUCAUCAUUUAACAUGUGUUACAUGGAGACCUACUGGUUCCUUAAGUGAAGAAAUUAAGCGAUUCUUUUUAGGGGGUGGUUUGCAACUUAAAAAACCUGACACUAUUUACAGUGGAGUUGAUCGUAAUAAAUUACAGACUGAAUCAAUGGGAAAAGUUUACAUUGAAAUUGUAAACAGUGAAACAAAUGAAUCACUGUCUUUCAUGUUUUUGAAUUCUUCACUCUGUCAAAAUGAAACUUGUUUUGGAGAUAACUUUAAUUAUAAUGAAAGUUAUGAUAAUGAAUUAAAAUUUUCAGAGUCAGGAAAAAAUUUAAAUGAAUCUGUAAUUAUUUCAAAAAGUAAGGAAAAUUUUUUAAAUUCAACUCAAAGUUUUGAUCACCUUCCAGAAUUUCAAGUGCCAACAGAAAAUGGUGCGGAAAAAAACAAUGCAUCAAAAUUAGAAAUUGAUUAUUAUGUAAAUGAUACUGAAUUAAGCAUGUCAUUUAGCAACACUGAAACUACAAUGUUUCAAGAUGUGUAUAAUAAUUCUCAAAAUCCCUUUUAUAAUAGUUCUUCCAGUACUGAUUUUUCAUUUUUUAAAGUUAUUCAAAAUGAAGAUAUUUGCUUUUGUGAUAUUUAUGCUAAUCAAUGUGACAUAAAUUGUUGCUGUGAUCCUGACUGUUCCGAUAAGCAUUGGGGCAUUUUCACAAAAUGUUUGAAUGAAAAUCAUCUUGAUAAUAAUCUAUUAAAAUGCUUUAAGAAAACAAAAAUUCUUGGAAAAGGUAUUGGAUCAACUUGCACAUCAAAAAUUAACAUUAGGUACUUAAUUGAUGCAACAUCUGAAUGCUCUUUCCAAAAUUUUCAUGAAUUUGAAUGUGGGUUACUCAUAUACAUUUGUAAAAAACCCAAUAAUUGUUUUAAAAUUCCUGAUAAAGAAAUUCAGAAAUUGAAUUUAAGUUGCAUCGAUGCAGUGUCUACAAUAAAAUAUGUGUUUUGGCAUAAUGGGACUGAAGGAAUUAAAAAGGUUGAAGUUUUCCUUUGGCCGAGAGAUGUGUCUUCUUCAUUACAUGUUAAUCUUAUACAUUCCGAAGUAAAGUUUCAAUGGAUAUCAUCUACCGAUAAUAUUUUUGAAAGAAGCGGAAGUCCAGGAUACAUGACUGGAAAACCGGUUUUGUCCGGAAGAAAAAUUGUCGUAGUCGAUGACGCUGAAAAACAAAAAGAAAUCAUAAAAUUAAGUUUAAAAUCAGAUAAUUGGUUAAAUGUAUUAGGAUCAGUGAGAGGACUUUGUUCUUCGGAAAAGAAAAUCCCUGUGAACUUUAAAGAAAAUGCCGUAUACUCAUGCUUAUUACCGUUGCAAAAAAAAAAUUUUAGUAGCAAAGAGAGUUGUAAAGAUUUACAAAAUCGCAUUUUCGAAUUGCUCAUUGGAAACGAAUUGAAAAAUGCAACGGCGAGCAAUUUUUUCAAUAGAUUUGUGGGUACAUUUGGCAAUUCAAGAAUACAAAAUAUCGAAGAUUGGGUUCAGAUUUUAAUAGACUUAUCUCAAAUUACAACAAGUCACAUAGAUUUUAAAGUCGGUUUUAAUAUGUUAACUUGCAAUAAUAUUAUUUCAAGUUUGUUAAUUAACGUUGCUUACUCAAAUGUCGGAUCAGUCAUUUAUCCCCAGGCUAAAAUUUUAGGAGUUUCUUUUCAAUUAGGAAAACAUGGGGAUUUCGUUUAUUUUUGCUCAACUUUAAAUUGCGAAAAUGCUAGUCAUUAUCAGUAUUUUAAAUUGUCGAGUUCAGUUAAUUUUAUUGAUGUAUCCGAACCACCUAAAGACAUGUUUGCUGAUCCAGUUGGGAUUGGGAUAUUCUAUUGUGCCCUACCUGCUGUACCAAAAGUUGCUUCUAUGAAAAAAUUAAAAAUUUUAAUCAUUAUGGAUAAUAUGCCUCCGGGAUUGGCAGAGAAAAGUCAAAUUGGAGGAGGAAUAACAAAUGGAUCCUCAUUUAGGCGAUCUUCCAUGCGCCCCAUGUCCACCAGCACUUCGUUAGAUGGUUCUUUACCGAUUAGUCCAACUUCCAAUUUUCAUACAGUUGUAGUGGUGGUUCAUAAGGAUGAAAACGGUUAUGGCAUGAAUGUUUCUGGGGAUAAUCCAGUAUAUGUUCAGUCUGUUAAAGAAGGUGGAGCGGCUGAAAAGGCUGGAUUACACUGUGGUGAUAUGAUAAUCAAAGUAAACGGGGUAAAUGUAACACAAUCCACACACCUACAAGUUGUUAGUCUAAUAAAAGCUUCUUCGGUUGUCGAACUUACCGUUCGUCAAAACUGUAGAAAUCUUCUGCCUAGAGGUAGUAUCGUUACCGCAACUUCGUCAUUUCAUUUGAGACCUCUUCAUUCACAUUCGUCUGCUAUGAGAGCUUCCGACAGGAUCACUGGACCUCAACCUGUAGAUGUGGAUAAAUUGCGUCAAUUGGAAUCUCAAAGAGUUCAUACUUUUCGUUUAAUGUUGGAAAAGGAACAAUUGUAUUAUUAUUGUAACAGUAUAACAUGUCUCAGAGAAUUAAAAUUUUAUAAAGAGAAUGGCUAA